UAUUACCGAUAACCGUUUUUGCUCUCUAACUAGUACGAGAUGACAUUUACAAAUUGAAACAGCUGUUAGGAAACUCUUAAUUUGCUUACGAUUUUCUCAGGACAUAAAUUUUAGUAAAACUAUACAGUGACUUUAAUAAAACAUGGAGCAGCAAUUAGAAAAGGCCCUUAAUGAGUUUGCCUCCCAGCCGGACACAGUGGGUGUGUUGCUGGCCAAUCGUCAAGGUCUUUGUCUUGGAGCAAAAGGUCAAAUUAAUCCUAAUGUAUCUGGUAUUGGUAUGGCUAUCUCGGAACAAGUGUGCAAACUGGAACCCAAUUUGAAUCCACCGACUAUCUGUCUGUACAGUGGGAACAAGCGUUGCAUCAUCAAAAAGGAUGGAGAACUGACCGGUGUUAUUUAUAAGCAAAAACAUAAUUGAAUAGAGCUCCAAAGUACCCGUGCUGUGCCCUUUUUAUAUAACUACAUAUAUAUAGGUAUAAAUAAACUAAAAUAUUUUUAAGAGCAUGUGUAAUUAGCAUAAACUUCUUUUGUAAUUAAAACUCUUAGCGAAGUAUGUAUGUAUAUACAAUAUAGCUUACGAAAUCAGUUCAAAACUUUUUUGUUUAAUAUUAAUAAGGUUCUGAAAUUAGUGUUUUUAGAACUAGCUACAAAUAUAAACAUACUUUUCAAAUUUCGCAAA